GGAGGGCUUCAAACACCACCUUGCUCCUGGAGUUACAUUCAUCGAUGCGACCGAAUCCCGGACGCUAGAACCGCCAAGAUGGUGAACAUCACGGACAAGAUCAAGGAGAUCGAGGAUGAGAUGAAGAGGACCCAGAAGAACAAGGCAACUGAGUAUCACCUUGGCCUUCUAAAGGGAAAACUCGCGCGCCUACGAGCACAGCUCCUCGAACCCGGCCCCGGUUCGGGCUCAGGAGGCGGUGCCGGCUUCGAUGUGAGCAAGAGUGGUGAUGCGCGCAUAGCACUCGUAGGAUUCCCAUCCGUGGGCAAGUCGACAUUUCUAUCCAAGGUGACCAAGACACGAUCCGAGGUCGCCUCGUAUGCCUUCACCACCCUGACCGCCAUCCCUGGCGUGCUCGAGUACGGCGGCGCCGAGAUCCAGCUGCUGGAUUUGCCGGGUAUCAUCGAGGGUGCCGCCGAAGGCAAGGGCCGAGGACGCCAGGUCAUCUCGGCCGCCAAGACGAGCGAUCUCAUCCUCAUGGUCCUCGACGCGACCAAGAGGGCGGAGCAGAGGGCCCUGCUGGAAGCCGAGCUCGAGGCCGUGGGCAUCCGGUUAAAUAGGGAACCACCCAACAUCUACCUCAAGGCUAAGAAGGCGGGCGGGAUGAAGAUCACGUUCCAGUCGCCGCCCAAGAACAUGGACGAGAAGAUGGUGUUCAACAUCCUGCGAGACUACAAGAUGCUCAACUGCGAGGUGCUGGUGCGCGACGACGAGGCGACGGUGGACGACCUGAUCGACGUGAUCAUGCGGGACCACCGCAAGUACAUCAAGUGCCUGUACGUGUACAACAAGAUCGACAGCGUGUCGCUCGACUUCCUCGACAAGCUGGCGCGCGAGCCGCACACGGUGGUCAUGAGCUGCGAGCUCGACCUCGGCAUCCAGGACGUCGUCGACCGCUGCUGGAAGGAGCUCCAGCUCAUCCGCAUCUACACCAAGCGCAAGGGCAUCGACCCCGACUUCAGCGAGGCCCUCAUCGUGCGCAACAACGCGACCAUCGAGGACGUCUGCGACCGCAUCCACCGCAGCCUCAAGGACACGUACAAGUACGCUCUGGUGUGGGGUGCGAGCGCCCGGCACGUCCCGCAGAGGGUCGGCCUCGGACACGUAGUGGCGGACGAGGACGUCGUGUACAUAGUUAGCGGGUACAAGGCUUAGUCAGGGGUAGUGGGGAAAAUAACAAAACACGGUAUUCUCAGAAGCGUACGCGACCUUGCUUGCGGAGAUACCAGAACUCGGGCACUUGGGUGUAUAUAUUCCAAUCACGCGGACGCGACAGACAGGUAGGCCUU